AAAAAGGAAGCUGCACAUAAAGCUAGUGAAGAAGUAGAGGAGUAGCCAUCAGUCACUCAAACCUGCUGUUCUCACAUUUCCGUGUCAGACCCUGCCGGUUCAGAAAGGAUAAAGUUAUAAAUUAACAGAACUGCAAUGGAUAUCAUAGAACCAAUCCUAGCCAUCGCAGAAAAGCUGUACAGCCUGUGUGAGGAGGUGAAGGCCAACAAGAAGCGCUGCAGGCGUUUGGCUCACCGCGUGUCUACUCUGGCUGAGCUGGUGAAAACCGUGAAGGUUCAUGGCUUUGGGACUGAGCCUGAACAGGUUAUAAAUGGACUUGAAAAUCUUAAACUCACUCUGGAGUCAGCAGAGAAGGUCUUGAAGAAAUACACUUGCUUCAGCUAUUUGAGACGCGUCACCAAAGCGUAUGACCUCGGCGAGGAGUUCAGCUGCCUAAAUGAGAGGCUAAACGAUGCAGCUCAGUUGCUUUCUCUAGCGCUUCAGUUCGAGCACAGAGUGAGUAUACAGAAAGUGUUUCAAGAAGCAACGAGGCAGCGGGAAGAUGAAGAGGACAGGCAGAGUGACUCUCUGGAACUUCGAGAAUUGCUCCAGUCUUUAGCCCAGGAGAGCAAAGGAACGAACACGAUGGUUGACGCCGUGCAAAAGACAGUUGACCAAACUCAAAGAGAUGUGCAGGACAUUAAAGAGAUCCUGGAAUCAUUGAAAAAACCCCGCCUUCAUCUGCAAGACAUUAGAGAGAUUAAACCAGAGGAACUGACCUACAGUUUCCCUGUUAAACCCUUCAUGAAGUGCAGCCAUUCUGAGAUUUACAAAGGAACGUACAACAAGUUCACUGUGGCCAUCAAGAGAUACUUAUGCCCGCUGAGCACCAGCCCCAGUGAGCUGAGGCGUGUUUUUAACAAAGAGGUGGAGACCAUGAAGCGCUUUGAGUCACCCAGUAUCUUAAGAAUGUUUGGGAUCUGUGUCGAAGAUGAGAACGGACCAAAUCCAAGAAACCUGAUAGUCAUGGAAUACUGUGAGAAGGGGAGUCUUCGACAAGUCCUGGACAGUAACUGCAAUCUGCCCUGGGAGAGAAAGACUCAGAUGUGUCUGGAUGCGGCGCAGGGACUCUACAGGCUGCAUCAGUCAGAGGAGAAGUUUAAAGUGCAUGGCUCGAUCAGAAGCUGCAUUUUUCUAGUGGCUGCUGGCUACAGAGUGAAGUUGGGAGGCUUUGAGUUGGCAAAAACAGAAACUUCUCUUCAGAAGAAUAAAUCCAAAAUGAACAGUGUUUUCCAUUACAACUCUCCACAACAGCUUCAGAAUAUCAACCAUCCUUACGACAAGGCAUGUGAGAUCUACAGCUUUGGCAUUGUCUUGUGGGAAGUUGCAACACGAGAUGUUCCUUUUAAAGACUGUACAACUCCCGGUCAGAUCUACCAAAAAGUCUGUGUAGAAAAAAUCAUGGAGCCACUUCCAGCAGACUGUCCUAAACAGCUAAAAGAACUCAUCAAUGCCUGUCGAUCAUUUGAGCCCUUCCUACGACCAACAGCAGGAGUAUUGGUCGACAAGCUCUUUAACAUGGUGGAAGAGGACUGAUGGAGCACUCCUGCAUCUUUAACCAAGGCCGCUGUCAAUCCAUAUCCAUAUCAGAUUCUGAUGAUGCAGGAUAAAGGAAAGAAAGCAGGACAA